AUGUACAGCAUGAUGAUGGAAACGGACUUGCAUUCCCCCGGUGGGGCCCAGGCCCCCACGAACCUAACGGGCCAGACCGGGGCUGGCGGAGGAGGCGGGGGCGGUGGCGGCGGCGGCGGCGGAGGAGGAGGCAGCAACAAAGCCAACCAGGACCGGGUCAAGCGGCCCAUGAACGCUUUCAUGGUGUGGUCCCGGGGCCAGAGACGCAAGAUGGCCCAGGAAAACCCCAAAAUGCACAACUCGGAGAUCAGCAAGCGCCUGGGGGCCGAGUGGAAAGUCAUGUCCGAGGCAGAGAAGCGCCCUUUCAUCGACGAGGCGAAGCGUCUUCGGGCUCUGCACAUGAAGGAACACCCGGAUUAUAAAUACCGGCCCCGGCGAAAAACCAAGACCCUGCUCAAGAAGGACAAGUACUCCCUGGCCGGGGGCUUGCUGACUGCUGGUGCUGGAGGAGGAGGCCCGGCCGUCGGAGUAGGCAUGGGAGUGGGAGUGAGCCCGGCCGGUGUGGGCCAGCGUCUGGAAAGUCCUGGAGGCACGGCGAGCGGGGGCUAUGCGCACAUGAACGGCUGGGCCAACGGAGCUUAUCCGGGCUCCGUGGCGGCGGCGGCUGCCGCCGCAGCGAUGAUGCAGGAAGCGCAGCUCGCCUACAGCCAGCACCCGGGCGCCGGGGGAGCGCACCAUCACCCACACGCGCACCCCCACCACCCGCACCACCCUCACAACCCGCAGCCUAUGCACCGCUACGACAUGGGCGCACUCCAGUACAGCCCCAUCUCCAACUCGCAAGGCUACAUGAGCGCCUCGCCCUCGGGCUACGGGGGCCUUUCAUACGGCGCCGCGGCUGCCGCAGCCGCUGCCGCGGGCGGCCCACACCAGAACUCGGCCGUGGCGGCGGCGGCAGCUGCAGCGGCCGCGUCGUCAGGCGCCUUGGGCGCGCUGGGCUCCCUGGUCAAGUCGGAGCCGAGCGUCAGCCCUCCGGUCACCUCGCACUCGCGGGCUCCGUGCCCCGGGGACCUGCGCGAGAUGAUAAGCAUGUACUUACCCGCCGGGGAAGGAGGGGACCCCGCGGCCGCAUCGGCGGCAGCCGCAGCCGCGGCGGCGGCACAGAGCCGACUGCAUUCGCUGCCCCAACAUUACCAGAGCGCCAGCAGUGGAGUCAAUGGCACUGUCCCCUUGACACACAUCUAG